UCAUGAUGGCAGAUAAGAGCAAAACGCGUAUGAACUUGGCUGCAAUCAAAAAGGUCGAUCCUUACGCCAAGGAUAUUGUAGAUACGUCAUCUCAUGUAGCAUUUUAUAUAUUUGAUUCGGAUCAGAAUGAGUGGGAGAAAACGGACGUUGAGGGUGCUUUCUUCAUUUAUAGUCGCAAUGCACAACCAUUUCACAGUAUUUUCAUUAAUAACCGCUUAAAUACAACCUCGUUUGUGGAACCCAUUACACCACAUCUGGAACUACAGGCCCAAGCACCCUUUUUGUUGUACCGCAACGAAAGGUCCCGUAUCCGAGGUUUUUGGUUUUAUAACAGCUUGGAAUGUGAUCGCAUAAGCAAAUUGGUUAGCGACCUGGUACACACAGUAGCCAGUACAACUGAAAACGGUUCACACGUUAAUAAUGAUGCAAAGGCAGGCAACAGCAAUAACAAUAAUGUCAACAUAUUUAAAAUGUUGUCCAAUGCACAACAAGAGUUCAAUAACCAGAACCAAAAACAGCAAGCGCCUUUGAAAGCUUCGGGAAACGUUUUGAAAUUUUUUGAAGCCGCUAAACCAACAACUGAUAUCGCUUACACACCACGAAUAUUACCCAAUACUUUAUUAGUAGAACAACUUGAAAAACAACAGCGCGAUAUACAGCCAGCGCAACAACAGCAGCAGACAGCCGGUUUUGAAGAUUCGACCGUCACAAAACGCCUAUCGUGCUCCUUGCUGGAAAACUCUACAAAUUCCUUGCACAACCAAUCAAUACCACGACCUGGUAGCACUUCAACAUUGGACAAUACGGCUGUGUUAAAUAGAGGCCCCGACUUUGGCUUUGCACAGGCCCUAACAGCGGCGACAUGCUCUUCUACGUCAAAUAUUGGCGAACAGAUAUCACUUAGCAAAAUCUUUUCAAAUCUGAAUUUUCAAAAAAGCUUGUCACAGGCAACAGAGGUUGCCAAGCCGGCACUUAUGCCCCCAACAAUGUUCGACAAACCAUCAUCGACUACGCCUUCUCAAACCAAUUUUGCAGAACAGGAACACAAGGAGCCUCUCACUAAGCAUCAGUUUAUACAAGCGUUCAAUUAUCUGAUACAAAACGAUGAUGAUUUUGUAGAUAAAUUACAUGAAGCUUAUCUUAAGACCUGUCAAUAAAACAUUGAUAAAAAAUGUAAAAA